AUGUCCAUCUCCCAGCCAUUCCUGAUGCCCUCCUCCUUGCCUCCACCGCACUGGUACAGGGCUGUGAACCUGGAACUAUUUAUAGUUCAUCAAGGGGAAAAGCACCUGAAUGGAGGCUGGCACGUGGAGGUUCCAUUAGUUCAUGCAGAUUUGAGAAAUGUGUUCUCUUUUUUAACACAAUGUAUUUUUUUUUUUUCUGUUCUUUUAUUCAGAGACCUGAGCGAAAACCAGAUAAAAGGAAUCCCUAGAAAGGCCUUUCGAGGAAUCAUUGAUGUGAAGAACUUGCAACUGGACAACAACCAGAUCAGCUGCAUCGAAGAUGGAGCCUUCCGAGCCCUGCGCGACCUGGAGAUCCUUACUCUCAACAACAACAACAUCACCCGCAUUCCUGUUACCAGCUUCAAUCACAUGCCAAAGAUCAGAACUCUGCGGCUCCACUCCAAUUUCCUGCACUGUGACUGCCACCUGGCCUGGCUGUCAGACUGGCUGCGCCAGCGCCGCACCAUCGGCCAGUUCACCUUCUGCCUGGCGCCCGUCGGCCUGCGCGGCUUCCUCGUGGCUGAGGUGCAGAAGAAGGACUUUGUCUGCUCUGGUGCCCAGUCCGAGCCCCCAUCGUGCAGUGCCAGUUCCAUCACUUGCCCCUCUGCCUGCACCUGCAGCAACAAUGUCGUGGAUUGUCGGGGAAGGGGCUUAACAGAGAUCCCAGCCAACCUCCCAGAAGACAUUUGGGAAAUACGUUUGGAACAAAACCUCAUCAAAAUCAUUCCCCCUGGAGCUUUCACCCAGUACAAGAAGCUUAAGAGAAUAGACAUCAGCAAGAAUCAAAUAACUGACAUUGCACCUGAUGCAUUCAAAGGCUUGAAAUCUCUCAUUUCUCUAGUGCUCUAUGGAAACAAGAUCACGGAGAUUCCCCAGGGCCUUUUUGAUGAUCUUGUGUCUCUGCAGCUGCUGCUUCUCAAUGCCAACAAGAUCAACUGCCUGAGGGUAAACACGUUCCAAGGUCUGCAUAAUCUCAAACUGUUAUCUCUUUAUGACAACAAACUGCAGACCGUCAGCAAGGGGCUCUUUGCACCUCUGCGAUCGAUCCAGACUCUACAUUUAGCUCAGAACCCAUUUGUGUGCGACUGCCAUCUGAAGUGGCUGGCUGAUUACCUGCAGGAUAAUCCGAUCGAGACGAGCGGCGCUCGCUGCAGCAAUCCCCGUCGCCUUGCCAACAAACGCAUCAGCCAGAUCAAGAGCAAGAAGUUCCGCUGCUCAGGGUCAGAGGAUUACAGGAGUAAAUUCACUGGGAAGUGUUUCAUGGACCUUGUGUGUCCCGAGAAGUGUCGCUGCGAGGGGACAAUCGUAGACUGCUCGAACCAAAAACUCACCCGCCUGCCCACUCACCUCCCUGAAUACACCACUGAUCUGCGUCUGAAUGACAAUGAUAUUUCUGUUUUGGAAGCUGUUGGACUCUUCAAGAAAUUGCCCAACCUCAGGAAAAUAAACCUGAGCAACAAUAAGAUCAAGGAGAUCCGAGAGGGCGCGUUCGACGGAGCCUCGGGCGUGCAGGAGCUGAUCCUGACGGAGAACCAGCUGGAGUCUGUGCAUGGACGGAUGUUCAGGGGCCUCUCGGGCCUGAAGACCCUGAUGCUGAGAAGCAACUCCAUCAGCUGUAUAAACAACGACACCUUUGCUGGCCUGAGCUCAGUGAGGCUCCUGUCUCUGUAUGACAAUCACAUCAGCACCAUCACCCCUGGAGCCUUCAGCACUCUGGUCUCCUUGUCUACAAUUAAUUUGCUGGCUAACUCCUUUAAUUGUAACUGCCAUUUGGCCUGGCUGGGGAAAUGGCUGAGGAAGAAGAGAAUUGUCAGUGGAAAUCCACGUUGCUUGAAACCGUUUUUCUUAAAGGAUAUUCCAAUCCAAGAUGUAGAUGUCCAGGAUUUCACCUGUGAUGGUAAUGAUGAGAGCAGCUGCUUGCUUUCCCCUCCUUGUCCUUCCCAGUGUACCUGUGUGGACUCCGUGGUUCGCUGCAGCAACAAAGGGCUGCGGAUGCUGCCCAAGGGGAUUCCCAAGGAUGUGACUGAGCUGUAAGUUACCUUUUACCUAUCCCCUGUCUCGAGAAGUUCAUCAAACUGCAUCAUAGUGAGCCUUUGUGAGUCCGUGGGGGGUUUGCCUUUGACUUUAGUCAUCUGUGCUUUGGUGAUUCCGUAUGUUCUGACCAUUAUUCUUGUGCUUAUUUGUCCCUUGACUGAAUAAAUCGCUUUGUAAUGGGAACAGAGUUUAUCAGUCCUUGUACCCAUUAAUUCUGGGUGUAGGGACAAAUGCAUUUAUUAGUAUCAAAUAAUCCUGUAGUGCUUCUGUGAGAGCCCAAGCUCACAACAGGCAGUUCAAAGGGAUGAUGAAAAUACGUUCCUGAGUUACGCAGCUGUGAGCUAAUUGUCCUCUGAGGAGAUGAAAAAAGGAAAAAAAGGAAGCUGGUGGUGGAAACAAGGAAUUCUUUUCUCCAAACCUCAUGAAAUGGCUAAAAUAACAGACAAUUAGAUUAUAUUGCAAAGUAAAUUCAUCCUAGUUGAGAACCAUCUCUCUAGUUGUCUUUUCAUCUAUGCCUCACUAGGACUUUAUAGUGGAUUUUCUUUCCAUGGAAAGAAAAUAUCCUGGUGGAACUGCUUGACUUAAGUAGUUGGCAGUAGAAAUAGUGAGCUUUUCCCCUUUAGGCCUUUAUUCAAAUCUAUCCCAGGUGAGUCAUUACUGAAACUUGUUACAAUCUCAUCAACGUUUCUAUGUGAAAAUAAUUGGUUGAGUUCGUUGGUAUGUUUGAUGAAUUUUAUAAUGAACUAAAAUCUGGUUCUGCUAUUUUCUAGUACCUACUAUUAUUUUUACUCCCUUCACAGGGGAGAAUGGGGUUCACAUAGUUUUUGCCAGUGCUGUAGACAAAUACAAGGCUUUGUUAGUGAAUGAGGGUACUGGAAGUGCCUGGGGUAACUCAACACGGAAACUUUGCAUUAAUGAAUACAUCCUGUGAACACCUUUAACCAGGGCGUGGUUAACAGUGAAUUGAAUUAAAAGCCAAUUCCUGGCCUGGAUUCCUUUAUAUAUUGCCAUCAGUGUUAAGUCUGCAAGGCCAUCUCUGCUCUGCUUUUGUUCAGGUGUCAUUGCAUUCAAAUAUAACUUGGCAGCAGUAAGAUAUCACAGAUGUUACUUUGAUUUCCACUGCCACUCUGAGGAAUUUUUAUGUUUAAAUUUUGCAUCUUGAGUUUUACUGAUGCUGUCUGAUACCCUGAUGACACAGCUUUCACGAAAAAGACUAAAAUUAAUCUCGUAUUCUUAAAAACUGCUAGAUUUCUUAACCAUGUCUUGGCAAAUGAGGCAAUAGCCUGGAACUGAGCAGUUUGAGUUCAUAGGAGUUUACGUGACUGUCUUCUUCAAGGAGCCUCUUGGCUGUGCAAAGCUCUAGUUCAGCUUUCUGCUUUCCAUCCAGAAAUGUGUCAGCAGAACACAGACAGCCAUGGACUGCCUGGCUCUGAAUAUUUCAUAUUCUGCAGAUAUAACCUUUGAAUCUGUCCCAGCUGUCUCCAAAUUCAAUCCUGAUCUCAUUCUCCUCUCCACCAACAUAAACUGAGCUCCUUAUUUGUAUCUACACCAAAAGAUAGGUUGCAGGUACUGAAGCAUAAAAUCUCAUGUGUUUGUGGAAACUGUGACAAGAAUGAAAUAAGUAACUAAAAAAAUAAUCAAUCUUGCUUGCUUUUCUUCUGCUUACAGAUUG